AUGGCAAUGGGGAUGCAGAAUGGGUCAUUCCAACUGCAGUCAGUGGACAAUUCGGUAAAUAAUAAGUGGUCCUCAAGAACAGCACCCUUUGCUGUUCACUUGUCUGAGCUAAUUGGCUCUCGCACAGAGGAGAAGCAAACUCCUUAUAGCUUGGUGCCAGCAGCUACUACACUACCUCAGCCUGCGAUUUCCCUUGAUCCUCCAUGGACCACAGUCUUCGAAGGAGAGAAAGUGACUCUGACUUGCGAUGGAUUUCACUUGUACAAUACAACGAAAACAAUAUGGUACAACGGAAAUAAUAAAGAGACACAAGGAGAGUUCAUGGAAAACACCUUUGUGGUUCGUAAAUCUGGAACGUACAAAUGCCAGAUCCAGGACUCGCCCCACAGUGACCCUGUGCAUUUAGUUUUUGCUACAGCCACUGUCAUCCUGCAGUCCCCUUAUCCUGUGUUUGAAGGUGAUGCAUUGGUUCUGAGAUGCCAGAAAAAGGGGAAACAGAAAUUUGUUGCUGCAAAAUAUAUUUAUGAUGGGCAUCAUGUCUAUAAUUCUAAUCAAGACUUGGAUCUUAUCAUCCCACAAGCAAGUUUAAAUAACAGUGGCAGCUACAAAUGCCAUGGAUAUGAAGACCAACACACUCAUAUUGAUUCAACUGUUAAAAUUAUUAAAAUCCAAGAGUUAUUUCCACAUCCAGAGCUGAAAGCCACAGACUCUGAGCCUAUAGAGGGGAGUCCUGUCCUCCUGAGCUGUGAAACACAGCUCCCUCUAGCACGGUGGGACACUCCUCUCCAAUUCAUCUUCUUCCGAGAUGACAUGGUCAUCCUGUCUGACUGGAACAGGUCCUCAGAGCUCCAGAUCCCAACCAUCUGGAUUGAAAACUCGGGACUGUAUGGGUGCAGUGCUGAAACGUUGACCCACACUGUCUACAAACACAGUUCCCUACUAGAGAUCCGCGUGCAAAGGAUCCCUGUGUCUCAAGUGUCCAUAGAGAUCAAGCCCCCAGGGGGACAGGCAUCUGAAGGGGAGAAACUGGUCCUUGUCUGCUCUGUGGUCGAAGGUACAGGGGAGACCACUUUCUCCUGGCACAAAGAGAACACAAGGAAGCAUGUGGGACAGAAAAUUCAGCGUUCCCAGAGGGCAGAACUGGAGAUCUCUAACAUCAGGGAGAGCCAUACUGGGAAAUACUACUGUACAGCUGACAACGGCUUUGGCCCCGUCCAGAGCGAGGUGGUGAACAUCACGGUAACAGGGACUCCAGGAAAAAGAAAGGCCUUUGUCGCUCUGGGAUCUUGCGGGGGAUUGUUCCUGCUCCUGGCAGUGGCUCUGCUGUGUUACUACUGGUGCUGGAGGAAACAAGGUUUGUGGACUUUUCUUACCACUGCUCAAGGCUUCAAUAAAGUUUCUGUCCCUUCCAUGCUUCAGUAA